AUGUCAACAGCUUGCAGCGAAGAACAACGCAGGAGAGAGAAAAGGAACAGAAAACAACGUGAGUACCGUGCUAGGAUUAGGGCUCAAGAAACAAGCGAGCAAAGGGAGGAGAGAAAUAAGAGGCAGCGGGAGUACCAGCGGGACUACCGUGCUCGGCGAAAUGCACAAACAACGGCACCUCCUAAUGCACCAGAUCACCCAGCAGUGCAAUAUCCAACUUACGGGACAACGACAUCAGCCGUUCUGCAACCAAUUAAUGAAGGAUAUUUUUCCGUCCCAAACAUGAAUUCUAUUGACGUUAAUAUGACCCCAUGUACGUCAAUUCAAGGAGUGCAGGAAUCACCAUUUCAGACGGGGAUUUCCGAAAUUUUUACUGGCCCAACCUCGGUUCAGGACAAAGAAAAUCAAACCCCAUGCGAUGCUUCGGAAUGGUUGCGUCGAAAUGAUAACUACAUCAGACCAAGGCAACAAGUAUGUGGAGAUAUCGCAAUGGAGUCGUCUGCUCAGAUGGUUCAGGAUCUAAGUGAAACAAUAACUGGAAUUUUAUAG